GAGAGAGAGAGAGAGAGAGAGAGAGAGGGGUGUAGCUCAACAGGUGUAUAGGUGUAACAGGUUAAGCUGAGCCUUCUUUUUUUCUAAAGAGCUAUCAUUAUGGCAUGGGCUUGACAAACCAACACGUUAUCAAACUGAAAGGAUUUGAUUUGACUUUAUAAGCAGUUUAAACGCUAACAUUUCUCACCCAGGACGGGACUUUGGGAGGGAUUAAGGAUGGAGUCAUGAGUCUGCCUCAGUGCUACAUGCAUGACUGUUUAGGAUACCUUCUGGACUGAUGAUCUUUAUUUCAACGCUGAUAUUGUCCCAGCUUGUGCACAGUUAACAGUAUCUGCCGAGGAGAAUGACAUCUCUGCUGAACACACUGUCUCUGUGUCUCUGUGUCCUCCGGAUCUGUGUGAUACAGGGAGACGUUGUGGAUCCUCCUACAGUAGAACCCAUCCUCUCUUUGUCAGAGAAGGAGACCGUCCUUCCCUGCCGCUACCAACUGUUGCCUGGCGACACCGUGGUGCAGGUCACAUGGUACAAGGAGAAGCCAGAUGCCACCAAGGACCAGAUCGUCACUGCACACCACACUAAUGGACAGACAGUGUUUGGAGCGUGGUCUCAACGCGUGCGCUUUCAAAGCAGUGAACCCACCGUGGACUCGUCUCUGGUCAUCAUGAGCACCGAGGUCUCAGAUGAGGGGAAAUACCUGUGCCGCAUCGUCACCUAUCCCUCCGGAAACUUUGACACAGAGAUGUCACUCACCGUGUGGACCAUUCCCAUCUCCUCCCUGGACCCUGUGAUCCUGGUGGAGGGCCAGUCCUACCGGCAGGCCGCUUCCUGUCGCUCUGUGGCCCGCCCGCCCCCCCGCCUCUCCUGGGAAACCGACCUGAAUGGCCAGUCCACCAAUCGCUCCUCCGACAACGGGGCCGUCACCUCGCACUACUCCCUGCACCCCCUCAGGAGCAUGAAUGGCAAGAAGCUGGACUGUAUAGUGUGGCAUCCGACUCUAAAGGGCACCCGCAGGAUCAGAAACAAGCUGGUGGUGCACUACCCUCCGGAUGCAGAGGUGUCUGGCUUCGCUGGAGACUGGUUGAUGGGUUUGGAGAAUGCUGCCCUGAGGUGUGUGAGCGGAGGAAACCCCAAACCACACAGCUUCACCUGGCUCAGAGUUGGGGGAGAGUUACCGGAGGGAGUUAUCCUCCACCUUAAUGGAACACUAGUUUUUGGACGACCCCUUAGCCCGUCAGAUAAAGGCACCUACCAGUGUGUGGCGAAGAACGACGUGGGAGUAGGGACGGCGGAGGUGGAGAUUAUUGUGGGAGACUCCCGCCAGGAGCUGAGCUUGUUUGAGAAAAUGCCAAUGAUCUUCAUCGGGGGCGCGGCGGGGGGGCUGCUGAUCCUGAUGCUUAUCGUCAUCAUCUGUGUCACUUGUCAUCACAAACGGAAGAACAGGAAGCUGGAGAGGGAGCUGACUCAGAAGAAGGAGGAAAUAAACACUCUGGCGAGGGUUGCUUCUAUCAGGAGGAUGAACUCUGUCAGCACAGAUGCCAGAGGAGCGACGGAGGAAAACAUCCCUCUGAGGGUGGAGGCGACCCUAAGGAACAGCCUGUCUUCCCUCGGGGAGCAGGCCCACUGCCGUGACAGCCGCUCGACUAUCUCUAUUGGACAGAGUGGAAUGGGAGCGUACGACUAUCUGGGCAGACCAGUCCUAAACAACAACUCUCGGAGGGGAAGAGAAAGGACUCUGGAUAGAGACGAGGAGAACCGACUCAGAGUGGAGUCAUAUGUGAGAAACAGCAGUAUUUCUUUACAGGAAACUCGAUUCCACCCUCCUCUCACGCCUUCAGCCUUCCCAAUCCUUCAGUCCACUGAGAUUGUGAGACAGCUGAACGGCAGCGCCAUCAUCCCACCAGACGGGGGUUCACGGACAGGAAGUGUCUCCAAAAACCACCUGCACCCUCCUCCGAACUACAACUACCCUCAGGUAAUAGAUGAUGAGGAUGAAGUGGACGAAGGUUUGGGAGGUCCUGCCAGUCAGGAGCACCCCGAUGACCAAGACAGCGAGACAAACAGCUCCCAGGUGUCCGAGGCCCACAGUGCUCUCUAUCAGCAGACUAACGGCACAAUCAGACCUAAACCCAGGCCCACUGGGAUCAGUCCCCAUGCCUCCCUGAUCCACAAGGCCCAGAUAGUUUAGCAGGCAGCUGGGAAUGAACAUGUGGAACUACAAGACUUGUCAGCUCUGGUCUUGGAACAGAUUCAAAGGCACAAUCCUGAGAAACAACAUCUGCAUCUUGACUACAAUGCUGCUUCUUCUAUUGUGCAUGGUGCAAUACAAUAAACUCUUAAGAGGAAUUCUUUGCAGCAUCUACUGGACAUAUCGGAUUGCUGCCUGAUGUUUGGUGAUCAGCAAGUGUGUUCCUGGAACUAUUGGCACAAACAAAGACUAUGUCGCAAUAUUUCGCAGACAAUAUUUUGUGUUCCCAUUUCGCAAUACAGCAUCUGGUGCUCUAUGACGGACAGGUGAUUGCAGUUGACAUACCUUUGAGGGGGAUGUUAAAAGAACUCAAGGACAUGUACAGUAGAACAAAUAAAUAAGGAAAUGCAAGAGAAGUAGAGGAGGCCGUGGGGAAGUUGGUAAAUCAGAAGAUUGCAACACUUCUGUAUGUAGGGUUGUUGAUGCCAUAGUGGUGCUCAGUGUGUCACUAACCCUGCCUGGGUUAAGUUUCCUUACACAACACACACGGUUUGGGAGCUGAUCCACACCAUGGGGUUGUUCCUUCUUUGCCACACCUGCACCAUGCAUACCUCCUAAUUGUCUUGGAUGUCAUUAAGUCAAAACAUGACUUAUUAAUGUGGUGAUUUGGUGACCUGUAAAUCUGUACAAAAAUGCAAAUAAAUUCUGAUACGAUUUUUUAAAAAUACGUUUUAAAUUUAAAUCAUCUGUACAGUAAAUAAGCAAACACAAAUAGCAGAUCAAUAACCAGUACAACCUGCUCCUGAUCCAAGUUGAGAGCUGGAACAGCUGCUAUGUUUUUGUAAAAUCCAUUUUUUAUUCUUCAACCGAGUGUGCUUUAGAUGAGCAAUAGUAGAUACAUUUUGUAAAUAUUGGACUCUGUUACAACCCUGACAUGGGAAGAAAUGUGCCAAAGGGAAAGUAUAGAACAAUCUAUUUGCUUAAUUGGCAAAUAUGAAGUAUUAUUUGUUUCUUCACGUAUAUGUAUUACAUUGUUAUGUUUAGUUUAUUUUACCUUAAGAAUUUGAGACCGUUUGUUGCAAAAACAAUGUGCCAUAUAUUAUUUGCUCACACCUGAUAUAGGUUAAAGCAAAUGAAUGGUGUUAUGUGUGAAUGUAGGCUGUAUUUGUAGUGAACAUUGCCCCCUGAUGUGUACUGCUGGGAAGUGCAGGGAGCUGAAUGAGCCUACUGCUAAACUACAGAACUAUGAAAAGACUCUGCAUUGCACUGUGAUUGUGAGAAAUGAUCUUCCUGGUCACUUGCCUGGACAUUUGUUUAUUUUAAGGGCUAUGUUUGGGUAUCAGAUUGUAUUGAGGGGUUGAAAUAAAUGUGCAUUUUUUGUAUGAUGUUGAUGGUCAAAGAUUGUUUGGAUCAUAUACAUGUGCAUUUACACUGAUAUUUAUUCUAGUUUUGGGGGAAAUUGGAUUUAGUUUGGGAUUGAACUGCAAAGGACUAAAUGAGCAGUAUUCACAGGUUUCCAACUCAUGAUGCACAGUCUAUCUAUUCCCUCAUUGUCAUGUGAUGCUUGGUGUGAUGUUUGUGCUGCUAAUUAAUUAAAGAAAAGAGCAACAUG